GGAAGAACGUUCAACUUGGAUUCCAAGGUUUUCAAAAUGUAAGAUCUUUAACAAUUGGAGGUUGUUACAGUCUGAAAUAUCUAUGCCCCUAUGAAAUUUACAAGCUCCUUGUGAAUCUCCAACAAGUCAAUAUAUUCCAUUGUGAGAAUAUGGAAACUAUAGUACUGGCAGCUGCUUCCAUGGAGGACAAUAUCCAUGAAGAAGGGAAAGAGACAGGUGGCAGUGGCGCGAUGACUUUGUUUCCCAAACUGCUCAAUAGCUUCGACCUUGUCUAUUUGCCAAGACUUGAGAGAUUUUCCCCUGAUGCCUAUUCUUUUGCAUGGUCCUCCUCCACGAGAACUAUGCAGUUGAUAAAUUGUCCCAAAUUAAAGACGUUGGGUUUUGCACCAGUAAGCAAAAAGCUGCCUGCAGCAGUUGCAGAGAAUGUGAGUGAUGAUUAUGUAAGAGGUAGAGAAGAAUCAGGAUCUGGAUGUGCAUCAUCAACUGGAUUUGGAUCUGGAUUUGAAUGUGCACCACUAACUUGCUUACAAAGUCGUCCAUCUACUCACAACUUUACUCAAAUAUUGCCCCGCCUUGUAAAUAAAGAGGUUACGCCAGCAAAUCUUCAGACCUCAAUUGCUAGGGACAAUAAUCUAGAAGAUCUCACUGUAAGAGAGUGCAAUUUAUUGGAAGUGAUAUUUUUGGUUCAGGAAACCCCAUCUAUUCAAGCAUUUGAUAAGCUGAGGGAAUUGAUAUUGGGGUCGUUACCAAUGUUGAGCCACAUAUGGGAAAAGGGUUUACAAGUUAGCUCAGGUUUUGGAAACCUUAGAUUACUACAAGUACAGUACUGUCACAAUUUGAGAUACUUGUUUUCACCGCACAUAGCCAAACUUCUUACCUGCCUUGAGACAAUAGCAGUUUCUCAUUGUAGUGCGAUGGAGAAAAUAGUUGGAGAGGCAGAAGGAGGAGGGGAAAGUACUGAGGAUGAAUUGACAUUUCCGCACGUGAAUUCUAUCCAACUUGUGGAUUUACCCAAACUUAAAUCUUUCUGCUCUCAAGCUUAUACUUUGAAGUGGUCGUCAGCCUUGGAGAAAGUCAAAGUUCGAAAUUGUCCAGAAUUAAAAGUGUUUGCUCCUGAGGCUGUGUAUAAACAGCCAACAUGUGUCUAUGAAACGUCCACAUGGAGAGAAAAGAAGGUAUGUUUUCAAUUCAACCAAACAGUUCAUAUAUAUUUUCAUGAAUUGGCGUUGCUAUUUAUUUUUCUUUGCUUUUUCUUUCUUAUGUCAUUAGUCAAUUACAGCAAAAGGUCCAUCUCCGCAUAUAUUUUUUUGACGAAUUUCACAUUUACAAACCUUUAAAAAAAUAAUAAUAAUAAAUAUAGAACUUCUGUUCAGGAUUUACUACUGUUCAAGUAUUUGAGAAUAAUUUUUAUACCAUAAUUUUGUCUCUAAAUGGCACAGAUAAGCCAUAAACUCGUAAUUCCUAAGCUUUAUGUUCUUAAACAUUAUACUACGUACACUAAUAACACAAAUGUAACUCACUACAAAUUACACUAAUUUACUUAUAUGCUUAGGAAUUAGGAGGUCAUCAGAACUUUGCUUGGGCUCAUUCCUAUGAUACGCCCCUCGAUCAUGGACUAUAAUUAAUACAAAAUAAUCUCUAAUCAUAAUAAAUGCUUAAAUCUAAAUU